ACACCCAUUCUACCUUACAGUUAACAGUGAACGUAGCAGCUGGCGGGACCACUGCAAGUUGUCACCGAACAAAACUCCGCCUUGUUCGAACCUUGUAAACCAUCCUCAUUGAGAGACAGCUUGGCAUCAUCAUCGGACAGUCUUGUAUACACUAGUGCGGAAUUUCUGCGUGGAUAUUCCAACUGCUAAAACCGCACCGGGUUUAUUUAGAACUGGAACUAUUUCAACAGAUAGUUACAAGUUUAAUUCGUGUAAGAAAAAAACACCUUUCAUCUGUGCGCGUUUAGGAUAUAUUCAAUUAUAAAGAGGUGAAAAUUCUCAACUAAGACGAGGGGACGCAGUAUUGGCAGGCAAUCUGGAGAAGAGUUGUGAAAUCGUGACCCACACUGAGAUCUGAUAGAGAAGAACCAUGCGAGACCUUACCUAUAUGUGUGCCAUGUUGAUGGUGUGUAUGGCUUCGCCGACGCCAAUACAUACAUGGAAGUGCGAGGCUCCAAAACCACCUGACCACGGCUUCAUUGACGGCACUGACUUCAGCCUCGGCGCCACUGUGCACGUGCGAUGUGAUGGGGGCUACUAUUUGGUUGGUGCGUCGGUGAUCACGUGUGUGGCUGUACCGGACCCUUUUCAUAAACAAGUGCAGUGGGACCCCAUAGGACAACGGGAAUGCCAACCGAGGAAACGAAUGGAGAGUGAGAACGAAUUACAGUAUAAAUUUAUUCCCGAGCAAGCUGUCGCCCUCGAUGACUAUGAACCAAAAUAUGGUCAGCUCGGAUCCGGUCCUUAUAGUGACACAAAAGUUACACAUGGUCCUGAAGGUUUAGACGAGCGGUGUACAUUACCGAAGAUUGUCGGAACAUGCCGAGCUGCAUUUCCGAGGUAUUAUUUCAAUGUGGAGACGAUGGAGUGUGGCAGGUUCAUUUAUGGCGGCUGUGAUGGAAACAGCAACAAUUUCAAAACUUUCGAAGAAUGCCAGCGUUAUUGUUCAGUAAAUAACGCAUAGGCCUAUAACUUCCACAGGUGAUAAUACGACCAGUUAUACCAAAGAGACAUUAUUUGAAUAAGUAAUGGUUUAGAAUCGGGUGAUAAUGUAUUCAUGCACUCACGUGCAGUCACACGUGCAAUUUCGAUAUAUGGUCAUCACGUGUACGAUGACGUCAUACGUGUUGUGACGUAAAUGUGCAUGCAAAUUCUGUGAUGUGAGAAUGGAUAUGGACGUGUCCUUUCAUUUUGUUGUGUACAUGGAGGCUGUCUGAAGACUGUUUCCAUAUUUUCCGUAAGCUGAUAUGUUCACAGCGACAUAAGCAGAUCCUCAGAGGAUUCUAGGUUAUUAUGUGCCCCGGCAACUGUUGUUGGCGUAAGAGGCAUCUUAAUGGAUCCCGCCGUCAUAUAACUGGAAUAUUGCUGAAUGUGGCGUUCAACAAACAAGCUUGAUGAUUGGAUAGUUGCUCCUAGUACCAAUCACUGGCUUGUCUGGCCUAGAUUCGAUUAUUGACAGGUCUACGUCCUAUUGCUGAAAUAUUGCUGAGUGCGGCGUUGAACAAUAAACAAAUAUACGCAGAUCAUAAACUAUUAACUACCAAAUAUUUCACUCAAACACAUGAAAACGUUUCAGACAGCCCCCAAACCUGUGCGUCAUUGUUACAACAGAUAUACUAUACAUGUGCAUUCUAUUCCUUACGCAUUUCCGGACAUUCUGUGUAGAUUCGUGAUUAUGCCAAUCUCAUUAAAAUCAAAUCUUAGUUCUCGCUACCUCUAAACAAAGGAUGAAAGCGGUAGUGAUCACGAAGACCUGAUGUUAACAAGAUUGUGAUCAUUCAUCCUUCUGGUAAUUAGGACCGUUACACAAGUCUUUUAUGUUGGCAAACAACCGCUAUCAGCGUUUAUCUAUCACAGAAUCAAAUCAAGACGGAAAAGGCAUAUUUGCUCAAAUCCGACACCUGGGUCUUGCUUACUGCAAUAGGAGAAAUGCAUUUGUAAUGCUAUGGGAAAUGACGGUUUCAACGUUUAACCCUUUUUGUAUUCACAUAGUGUUUGCCAUGGAGCUUGUGUGUGAAUGGUGAAUGUAUAUAAGAGCCGUUUGUAAGACACGGGUUUGUAACACAGGCCAUAAUAUUGACGUAUGAUGCUGUAGUAGUUGUGAUGGGCCGUCACUGCCACGUGUAUUGUGUGGUCACUUUAAGCAGACUCGUCUUCACGAUGUGCUCACAACAGGGCGAUGUCUGGACCAGCGUCAAAUUGUCGCUGACCGAGAACGUUGACAAGGCAGAUUAAGCUACACAGAAGCGAUCUUGAGAUCCACACGAGUCUUCGACAUAAUCGGAGUCCUAGGCAGAGGAAUUUUAUGAAGAUCCAGUUGGUACACAGUGGUUAAUUCCAGAUAUUUCGAGAUACAAGAUGUCGAGAUGAGUGGAAGUCGCUUAUCGUUAUGGCUUAUCUAGCGUGUAUACCAGCAGUCAAGAAAAGAAUUGCUUUCCAUGACGUUGUUCAAGAGGGCAGUCGUGUGACUAGAGGCGAGCUAUCUAUCGUGUGGGUCCAUGUUUAAAAGUAAUUUUAUUUCAGACUAUGAUUUAUUGGCCUCAAUGUUUUUCUGGAAACAUAUUGAACCAAUUUAAUGUACAAACUUUUUUUCUCAUCUAUUAUUAGUUUGUUCCCAGUCCAUUAAUCACAUAGGCGAAACGCAGAUAAAUAUUAUUUCCAAUACACUUCUAUGUCAAGAACAUUUUGAUCGAUCCAUUGCCAUAUACAGUAAACUACGGUUAUAACGAACUCAAAGGGACUACUUAUUUUAGUUCGUUAUAACCGUAGUUCGUUAUAAGCAUAUAUACAGCAUAACUAGAGCAAAUAGUCGGGACCAAAAAAGUAAGUUCGUUAUAUCCGUCAGUUCGUUAUAAGCGUGUUCGUUAUAACCGUGGUUUACUGUAAUUGAAUUAAUCUGAUCAUCCUCGUUCAGCCUCUGUAUUACGAAGACCUUACUGCUGACCUGUUCUCAUAACUGUGUUGUCUUUUAAUAUGCAUAAAAUGUAUUUGAAUUGUAGAUAGCAAGUAGCUAUUAUGUAUUUAAUUUCUUGUAAUCUAUCAUUUUAUCAUACUAUUCUCAACCAUAUAUUGAACUAAACGCAAAAUAUUCGUAGUCAUUGCAAAAUUGUAUUUUGUAUCAGAACAUCGUGUAGUGGUUGUGGUGGGAGUAAUUGUCAGUGAUGACGUCAGUUUCUAAGGUGUUGAGCUGACUGGUCACAUGUGAAACAUCAGGCCCGUUACCGUCACGUCCACCCUUGUCCCCGUGUUGUCACGUUACAAGCCAUCAUGGAAAACAACUUUACGAUCAUAUAUAGGAUCUCCCCCUGUGUCUUUCACGUCUUUCAAGGGAGGGGGUUGGUUAGCUUUAAGGUUAAGGCGUUGGCUCGUCACGUCGAAGACCCGGGUUUGAUUUUCCCCGUGGGUACACCGUGUGACGCCUAUUCGUGGUGACCCCUGUUAGGGUAGUUUGUAGAGGGUCGUUCAGCUAUAACUGCCUCAUAUUAAAUAAGUCAGCCCACAUAGCUAAGGCUAGGAUUCUAUUAAUUGUUUUGCCGUGUGCUGAUAUGGUUGAUAUCAAAUGACACGAGUGGAGAUCCUAAUUAUCAUCAAACAGUUUUUAUGACAAAUGAACUGUUAAUGACAGUAUCAUAACGGUGGUAUAAAUAUGUAUCUCCUAGUGAAGAUAUGCAAACAUACCCGACUUUGAAUAUUUCCUGUGGAAACCAGUAUUGGAUGAUAAAUGAUUAUUCAACCUGAAAUAAUAAAGUUCCUUAUGCACUUCGUAAAUAUGUAUUACUGCUAUUCAGUGAUGGACGUGUAUUAUGGUAUUUAGAUAACAAUGUUUCUUACAUACUAGUAUAUGAAAUGAUAUUGUGUUAUGCCCAGAAUGAUAGAAUGGUAUGGAUAGUCAUUUCACACGUUGAACGCCUCACACUCCUGUGCUGGUUUCUGUGCGUUGCUGCUGUUGAAAGGUUUAAGAUGACAUGCGGUUUCAGCAUUUACCCCGAAUGUCGAAAUAUGAAUGUUAUAAUAAGCUAUCUUAUAAGUUCUGCGUGUAAAUAGAUAUAAGUGUUAUCUCCGAAAUCAAAAUGCAAUAAUGUUAUCCAAUAUUUCCAUGGUGCCAAAGUAUGUACAUUGAUGUAUAUUUGAUUACUCGUGACCAUUGUGUAUACGUUGUGUAUUCAUCGCCUGUAAGUGUACAUUGUCUAUAUGUCAUUGUUUAUGUACAGAUGAAUAUCAAAAUAUUAUUUAAUUAUAUGAUGUGUCGCUGCAAAAUUACAUCUUCUCAUUUUAUUGAAAUAAAGUCAUAAUGUUA